AUGAGUCAAAUAUCCAUUAGGCCGGCCACGGUGGCCGACACGGACGCCAUCUGCGCCGUGAUGAUGGACGCCCAGGAGCCUCUGCACGAGUUCUACGAGCUCUUCUUCAAGGACCACCCGCGGAAGCUGGCGCCGAUCGCUAUAAGGCAGGCGCUCGGCAAGCCUGACAAGUUUACCUUCCUCGUUGCGGAGGAGGAGAGGACGGAUGGGGCGGCGGGCAGGGAGGUCGUUGGCUAUGUGCGAUACACGAUUAUCGGGGCGGCAGAUGAUGCUGCAAAGGAGUCUACGUCUGCGCCUGCGCCUCCGACGUCGACGGUGUGGGAUCGGCCGGGGCACAUGGAGGAGCUGUGGGAGCAGUUCAAUGCUGAUCAGAAUGCUGCGGAGGCGGUGGUUGAGGGGGUGAUUGCGGGGAGGCGGCAUCUGUGGGUCCAGCAGGUCAUGAUCCUCCCGGAUCGUCAGCGGCAAGGGAUUGGGAAGAAGCUGCUGCAGAAGGCGCUAGACGAGGCGGAUGCGCAGGGCGUGCCGUCGAUUCUCACGUCCUCGGAGAAAGGGUAUGGGUUGUACGUGAGGCUGGGAUUUGUGUCUCUUGCCGAGUUCACGCUGGAUGAUGGCGCAUGGACGGUCAAGGUGCUGGAGCAUCUGAAGAGCUUGGGGAUGAGCAGGGACGAGACAUUGGCUGAGAAGUAUAGAGGGACUGUAGAGAAGGGGUGGGCGAUGAUACGGGAGGUGCCGAAAUAA